UUUGCAAGUAAAUGUAUUAAAUUGUGAAAAUGUGUCUUCAAUUGGAUUCUUGUUCUCUCAGGCCCAUGCAGACUUUGUGUGCAGUUUCUCAGGUCGCCUGUGGGAGCCAUCAUUCAGUCGCCCUGACCAAAGAUGGUCAGGUGUAUACAUGGGGCCAGGGCUCCAGGGGCCAGCUGGGUCUGGGGGAGAGAGACCCCAGCACCAAAUACCCCCAACACCUGAACUCUCUGUCAGCGGUCCCCCUGGUGCAGGUCGCUGCAGGGGGGGGGCAGAGCUUCGCCCUCUCUGUAUCUGGAGCGGUGUUCAGCUGGGGCAGCAACCACUGUGGGCAGCUCGGCCUGGGAGACACUACAGACAGACAUACACCCACUCCCUGUUCAUUGUCUGAACUUGAAGAAAACUACCCACAUUUCCUGUGGAAAGGCCCACACUGCCACUUUGACAAAG